AUGAUUUCUUCAAUGGCCGGCAACAAUGACGCCUAUGGUGGUAGGCCUGUGACUCCUUCAAGGUACACACUGUGCUUGCGAAACCAAACAGCACGAUUCAAUGGCGCCAAUACCCUUGAUGGGUGUCACCGCAAUAUCCACCGAAAGGUGGUGGCAGGGCCGCCUAUCCCCAACCACCAGGCCACCAGGAGCCACUUGAUCCCCCACCCCGCCAUCAUCGCUCCUCCUCCUCCUCCUCCUCCUCUUCCAUCAGCACGACUACAACCACCCAUUUCACCUGAGCAGGUGGCAGGAGUGGUGGAAGAGGAGGAGGAAAUGAGGGUGAAGAAGAAGGCGAUGACGAAGCUAACAGAAGAACAGAAAGAGAAAAUGAAGGUGUUUGCAGAGAGGAAGUUGGGUUGGAGAGUCAUGAAGCAUGACGAGGAAGACUUUUUCAAGUUGUGUAAUGAGAUCGGAUUCACCCCUCCGGUGUUGAAGAAUUGGAUCAGCUACAACAGGCGCAAGAUGGAAGCCGGACGGGCAUCAUCCACUCCUUGA